GCGCAACAUGCAAUAUAAUAAUGAUUCUAUGAUUUCUAAAACCAAAAGAGCACGUCAACUUUGGCUGUCUCAUUAAAUUGUAGUACAAAACUUUUCACCCAUUGCUUACCUAACACCAUUAUGUAUCACCUCUCAACUUUGAGUUUAUUAUUAAUUGGUUGCUGCAUCUGAAAGUUAGUUUUUCUAGCCUUGCCUUCUCAUACAUAAACACUUAACUCUAUCAAAUAAACACAUUGCUGCUGCAUAGUGAUGGCUAAAAACGAGUUGAAGCUUUUGGGUGGGUGGUUCAGCCCUUUUGCCCUAAGGGUGCAGAUAGCCCUUAACCUCAAGGGUGUAGAUUACGAGUUUGUUGAAGAGACCUUGAAUCCCAAAAGUGAACUUCUUCUUAAGUCCAACCCUGUGCACAAGAAAAUUCCAGUUCUCCUCCAUGAAGAUAAAGCCAUAUGUGAAUCUGCAAUCAUAGUUGAAUACAUUGAUGAAGUUUGGUCCAAUGUUCCCUCCAUCCUUCCACAAAAUGCAUAUGAUCGAGCUAAUGCCCGAUUUUGGGUUGCUUACAUCGAUGACAAGUGGUUUUCGGCCUUGAAAAGUAUUCUAAUGGCUGAAGAGAAUGAUGAAGCAAAGGAGGCACCGUUUGAGGAAGCAGCAGAAGUGUUUGAGAGGAUGGAAGAAGUGAUGAACAAGGGAAGUGAAGGGAAGGUCUUUUUCGGAGGAGACACCAUUGGAUUCAUUGAUAUUGGUUUUGGAAGCUUUCUGAGUUGGAUCAGAGUGGUGGAGAAGAUGAAUGCACGAAAAUUGCUUCAUGAAACCAAGCACCCUCGCUUGAUCCAAUGGACUGAAAAUUUUGCUGCUCAUCCUGCUGUCAAUGGUCUUAUACCAGACACCGACAAGCUUAUUGAACUUGCUAAGGCUUUUAGGCAAACAUUACGGGCUAGUGCAGCUGCAAACUAAAUGGAAAUUUAGAAAUUUUAGUUGUUUUUGGUUCUAACUUUAUGUUGGCAUGAACUUUAGUUUAAAAUAAAACUCAAAACAAAAAGGGUUUUGGUUUAAAAAUAAAGAAGAGAUUACUGGGAAUUUCUUUGUUCUUGAGUUUAAGGAUGUCUUCCAUCAGAGAGUUCUAAUCUCACUUCCUACUUCUGUUGUUUUCUUAGGUUGUUUUUCUCUCUUUGUAUGUCAUGUCUUAUGUUGUAUAAAAUAAUGGGAAAAUUACUGUUGUCUUCCUCAAGCUAUCUUUCAAUUUCAACACUAUUAUUCUCUUGAAAGUUAAA